GCCGGACGCCAUGGUUCAUUUGCGCCCAUGAAGUUUGCCGUGACUCCGGCACAGGCCGUGCUCUCGUGCUUGGGCAUGGCAUCUGCCUACGUUGGCAUCCUCUACUGCGCCCCGCGGAGCAUCCGCGCCCUUCCGCGCGACCAUCCUUCGCAGAUUGUCACGCGCUUCUUCCUCAUCAGCGUCGUGAGCGUCCUCUGCCCGCUGUACAUGCUCUGCUACUACGAGCCGAGCGCAAAUGGUAUCUCGCUAGCCGCGUGGCUCGGCUUCCACUGGGACGUCCGCGCGACGAUCGUGGGCGCGGGCCUCUCGCUCAGCGUGACCAUGCUCCUCUUUGCGGGCGCGCUCUUCGCAUACCUUCUCGAGCUGCAGGAGACAGCGCGCUCGUCGUCGUCGUGGUCCAAGGCGCUCGAAGGCACGUCCCUUGUACACCAAGCUCGCUACGAGCGCAUCCAGGCCAUCCGCACCUACCUCUACGCGCCGUUCACGGAAGAAUUCGUCUUUCGCAGCUGCAUGGCCCCGCUCUUGCUCUGCGCUGGCUUCUCGGCCGGUUCCAUCAUCGUGGGCAGUCCCCUCGCCUUUGGCGUCGCGCACAUGCACCACUUUGUCGAGCACGUGCGCAGCGGCAUGCCGUGGACUCGCGCGCUGCUCAUCGUCGUCUUCCAGCUCUGCUACACGACAGUGUUUGGCAUCUACGCCACGUUUCUCUACUUGCGCACCGGUCAAUUUUGCGCACUCUUUGCCGUGCAUGCAUUUUGCAACGUGAUGGGCUUUCCCGAUCUCGGGUUUCUCUCGAUCGAGAGCCCGCUGUACGGCGCUCGCUACGCCAUCUUGGGUGUCUACCUUCUCGGCAUUCUGGGGUUCUCCGUCCUCUUGUACCCGCUCACGGACCCGUCGCUGCAUCCGCACAGCCUGUGGCUCUUCGCUCGUUAAUACACUACAGAAGCAUGGCACUCGAUGGAUGUACGAUGAUCUAGAUUCGCAGUAUAUUCUAACGCGCUAGCUAUCGC